AUGCAGGACAUUCAGGACCGUGUGAAUUUUGUGGAGCUUGAUGCGACCAGUCCAGACUGGCCGGUUAGUGAUAGCAAUUAUGACAUCGUGCUGAUGUCAUACAUCAGCGGCUCCGUCCCCGAGAGUGUCAUUCUGCCGCUCUACAAGAAUGCCUUCAAGGCUGACUGA